AAAUAUCCACAUUCAGCACACUUCAUGAGCAAAAUGUGGCUUAGCGCGUCGAUAUUGUUUUUCUUGGUGCUGGGCGCACAGUGUCAGUCCUUCAUUGAAAUUUUGCAAAAUUCGUCUUUGUUACUUACACCGAAAUGUGAGCAACAACUUGGGGAAUAUUUGGCUAAUUUGAGUCUAAAUGAGACUUCAUGGGCACUGCAAAUGUUGGACGCUACGUCAAAAAUACCAUCAGGGAUUCUCUCACUGAAUUUUGGCGAAAUGGGCGAUUUUGACCAAUGCAUCAAUGUCAAAACCACCACAAACACGGGUAUUAUCCUUGGUAAAUACUGUUUGGGAUUUAUCUCAAUUAACGAGAAAAAUGACCAAAAACAGCUUGAAACUGGCUCUCUUGGAGACCUCGAUGGCGUAAAAAUAACACAAGUUAUGCCCACAUGGGCACUGUGUUUACCAAACGGGUGUUCUACGAAUGACACUAAUGCAAUCGGUAACGCUUUAUUCAGUUCAGUAUUUGGCCAACAAAUUGGAAUCACUUUCACUGACUCUCUUUGCCAAACAAUUAACGAAGUUAAACCCGAUCUCACUUCUGGAGCGAUUGUGACAAUAGUUGUUCUAGUUUUGUUGGCCGCCAUGGUCCUCGUAUCAACAAUCUGUGAUAUUUACUACGUAUUUUAUGGUCACAGAACGUGUCCAUUGAUUUUAAAAGGCUUUUCGGCUUAUAGCAACGGUCAAAAAAUAUUCAAAAUGACUGCUUCCACCCCCGACCAACUUCCAUGCCUGAAUGGUUUAAAAUUCAUUAGCAUGAUGUGGGUUGUGGCAGGUCAUCAGUAUUCAAUACCCAUGAAUGGUUCAAUCACCAACACUAAACAGUUAAUGGAAUGGGCAAACUCGCUGUACAGCAUGUUCCUGGUUAGUGGGACUUUAUCAGUAGAUACGUUCUUCACAAUCGGUGGCACUUUAAUGAUGUACGGAUUUAUGAAAGCCAAGCACAAAAAAGUCCCUUUCAAUUUAUUUCUGUACUACCUCCAUCGAUACCUCAGGUUAACCGCCCCGUUUGCUUUGGUGGUACUAGUCAGCGCAACUCUUUUGAAGUACUUAGGGUCGGGGCCAAAGUGGCCCUUCCUUGAGCUAUAUUUCCAAAAAAAUUGUCAAAAUUACUGGUGGUCGGCCCUUCUCUACGUCCAAAACUACGUCAACGUAUCGGAAAUGUGUGUUGGGCAAACAUGGUACCUCAACAUUGACAUGCAACUGUACGUUAUUUCGCCACUGGUGUUUUUUGCGCUAUGGAAAUAUCCGCGUAUCUGUUUACCAUUUCUCUUAUUAUGCGUUUUGGCAUUGACGGGAGUAGGUUUUUACGAAGCGUGGGAUAACGAACUGCCGGCGAUUUUAUCAAAUUUUUAUGGCAAUUCUAAUGACUAUCAAACCAAGUACUACCUCUUAACCCACACGAGAUCGGGUCCAUGGGUCAUUGGUGUGGUCUUGGGCUAUUUUAUUUUCAAAAUUAAACAAAACGAAAUUUCUUUGAGACCCAACAAAGUUGUGGUUUUUGUUUCAUGGGGUGUGUGUCUAGGGACGCUGCUUGCUUGCGUGUUAGGGGGGCAUAGUACCCUCCGUGGGAAGGAUUACGACAAGUGGGGUAAUGCUAUUCAUAUAGCACUAGUACGACCAAUUUGGUCGCUUGCCAUUUCGUGGAUUAUUUUAGCUUGUACUACCUGUCAUGGAGGACCAAUUAACUGGUUUCUUUCACUUCCGAUUUAUCAAGUACUUAACCGUUUCACAUAUAGCAUAUACCUAACUCACGUGACGUUAUUAUAUGUGAUAGCAUAUGGUAAAAAAUGGCCGGAUUAUUUCGGUGAUUUUAAUAUGGCGUACGAAUUUUGGGGGACUCUUUGGGUUAGUACCGGACUUUCCGUUCUAUUGGUUUUGAUGACUGAAUCCCCGAUAAUAAUAAUAGAAAAACUCAUAUUUGGGAACGUGGGUAAGAAAAAACAGCAAAAACAAGAUUUAGAAAAAGGAAUCGAGAAUGCGGCGUUUGAAAAAUAAAACAAUUAGCCUACAUUUUUAUAUUUAAUGACCAGCAAAUAAAAAUUAUAAUUCAUGCCUCAAAAUAACAAAAA